CGUUUCCCGUCGGCGAUGGCCUGCUCGGCCUCCCUUAACUUCGCGCGGAGCUCGCGCAGCAGGGUCUCCUCGCGCUCGAUCGCGGCCUCCGACUCGCCGUCGCUCCGCAUCUGCCGCACGAGGCCCGCCUGCUCGACGACGUCGGCGGCCAAGAACCGGCGCACGGCUGCGCGCGUCGGGUACUCCUCUUCCUCCUCGGGCUCGGCGGCUUUGCGAGGUGUGUGCUCGAUCUCAGUGGUCUCCUUGACCAGCGCGCCCACCGUGGCGUUGUACAUGUGCACUCUGCCAGUGUUUUUUAGACUCCUCGGUGCAAAGCUGCCAAAUUACUAGUAGCGCCACGCAAAAGUGGCAGCUAGCGCUGUAAG